AUGGGGCUAGUAAAACAAAGAAACCAACGCCUGGACAAAGGGCAUGAGACAAUUAAAGUCUUCCUAAAGGAUGUGAAACAAUGGAGCUCUUGUGCAGCAUUAGCAACUUUCGUGCUACUUACUGCUACUCAAGCUAGAUCAGUUAAAAGAAGAAUCCGAGCAACUGAUUACAUAGGGUCAUGGCUCGUGAAGUCUCAUCAGAAGGUUUAUUUACAAGAAUAUGGAAGCUUCAAUGAAGCAGUGAGAGGUUACGAUGGUGUAUUUCAUGUUGCAGCAUCAAUGGAAUUUGGGUUCCAGCUGCAGAAAGAUACGUUGCCCCAUGAAGAGGAAGAACGUCAAAGCUUAAAAGAAGAAGUGAAGAAGUUGCUUGCAGAUACUCCAGAUGAUUCUUUGCAUAAAUUAGACCUCAUCGAGGCUAUCCAACGUCUUGGAGUUGGUUACCAUUUUGUAACGGAAAUUGAAAAUUCUUUAAAAUAUGUAUAUGACACCUACAGUGAAAGAUGUGGCAAACAAGACACUGAUCUUCGUACCAUUGCUCUUCGAUUUCGAUUACUUAGACAACAAGGAUAUAAUGUCUCAAGUGAUGUAUUCAACAAAUUCAAGGACCACAAAGGAGACUUUGAUGAAUCAUUGAUUAGCAAUGUACAAGGCUUGUUAAAUUUGUAUGAGGCCGCACAACUUAGAGUACAUGGAGAGGAAACUUUAGAGGAAGCACUGAAGUUUUCUACCAGUCAACUCAAUUCCCUACUCCUCCAUGUGAGUACUUCUCAAUCUGCACGAAUUAAGGAUGCUUUGGAAAUGCCAAUUCGUAAAACUGUGACUAGACUGGGAGCUAGAAAGUUCAUAUCUAUUUACCAAGAAGAUGAAUCACAGAACGAAAUACUCCUCAAUUUCGCGAAAUUAGACUUCAACUUAUUGCAGAAGAUGCAUCAGAAAGAGCUAAGCAAUGUUACAAGGUGGUGGAAGGCGUUAGAUAAUGAAAAUAAAUUGCCUUUUGCAAGAGAUAGAUUGGUCGAAUGCUACUUUUGGGCAUUGGGAGUAUACUUCGAGCCCCAAUACGCAAGUGGUAGGAAAAUGAUAACCAAAGUAAUCGCCAUGCUUGUUAUUGUUGAUGACAUCUUUGAUGUUUAUGGGACCCCGGACGAACUCGUACUUUUCGUGGAUGCGAUUGAAAGAUGGGAUUUUGGUGUCAUAGAUCAGCUACCGGCGUACAUGCAACAUUGCUACAAAGCUCUAUUAGAUGUUUAUGUAGAAAUUGAGGAAGAGCUUGGGAAGACAAAAAACUCGUCCCUUGUUCACUACGUGAUAGAAGAGACGAAAAGACUGUCGAGGUCAUACUAUCAAGAAGCAAAAUGGGUGUACAGUGGUUAUAUUCCAACACUGGAAGAGUAUUUAAAAGUAGGAAAAAUAACUUGCACUUAUAUAGUGUUAUCAGCAGCUGCUUUUGCUGGCAUUGGAGAGUUAGUGAGCAAGGAAGCCUUUGAGUGGAUAACAAGUUAUCCAUCAAUCCAACAAGGUUCGGAAAUAAUCUGUAGACUAAUGAACGACAUGGCUGGAUUCGGGAAAACUUCUGCAGUUGAAUGCUACAUGAAUCAAAACAAAGGUGCCACAAAAGAGGAGGCAUUUGCAAAACUUCAAGAACUAGUUACGGAUGCAUGGAAAGAUAUAAAUGAAGAAUGCCUUCAUCCAACCGCGGUGCCAGCGCCAAAAACUCUUCUCCUGGAAAUAAUCGAAAAUUAUGCACGUGUCGCACAUCUUGUGUACAAAUACAUAGAUAAUUUUACGAAGUCUGACAACUUAAAAGAUGUCAUAACUUGUCUACUGGUUCAACCUGUGACAACACCAUGA